GGCCCGGGGGAGGGGCGGGGCAGGGGGAGCCUUAUAAUUGGACCGGUCAGGGAUCCCUGCCGCCCUGCUCUGCCCCAGCCGAGGUGCAGGCGAGGUUCCGCAGGAGGCGACUGACCAACCGCAGGCGGGAAGAUGAAGGUGUGGUGGGCUGUGUUGGUGGCGGCGAUCCUGGCAGGAUGCCGGGCCGAGCCGGACCCGGAGGUGGAGGUGACGGAGCAGGCCAGGUGGAAGGCCGGCCAGCCCUGGGAGCUGGCCCUGGGCCGCUUCUGGGAUUACCUGCGCUGGGUACAGUCGCUGUCUGACCAGGUGCAAGAGGAGCUGCUCAGCUCGCAGGUCACCCAGGAACUGACGAUGCUGAUGGAAGAAACCAUGAAGGAGGUGAAGGCCUACAAGUCGGAGCUGGAGGAGCAGCUGAGCCCCAUGGCGGAGGAGACGCGGGCGCGCGUGUCCAAGGAGCUGCAGGCUGCGCAGGCGCGCCUGGAGGCCGACAUGGAGGACGCCUGCAACCGCCUGGCGCAGUACCGCGGCGAGGCGCAGGCCAUGCUGGGCCAGAGCACCGAGGAGCUGCGCGCACGCUUCUCCUCGCACAUGCGCAAGCUGCGCAAGCGGCUGCUGCGCGACGCCGAGGACCUGCAGAAGCGCAUGGCCGUGUACGGCGCCGGGGCCCGCGAAGGCGCCGAGCGCGGCGUGAGCGCCAUCCGCGAGCGCCUCGGGCCGCUGGUGGAGCAGGGCCGCCUGCGGGCCGCCACCGUGAGCACCCUGGCCGGCCAGCCGCUGCGGGAGCGCGCGCAGGCCUGGGGCGAGCGGCUGCGCGGGCACCUGGAGGAGGUGGGCAGCCGCGCGCGCGACCGCCUGGACGAGGUGCGCGAGCAGGUGGAGGAGGUGCGGGUGAAGGUGGAGGAGCAGGCCGCGCAGAUGCGCCUGCAGGCCGAGGCCUUCCAGGCACGCCUCAAGAGCUGGUUCGAGCCGCUGGUGGAAGACAUGCAGCGCCAGUGGGCCGGGCUGGUGGAGAAGGUGCAGGCCGCCGUGACCAGCAAGGCGCCCGCGGCGGCGCCCAGCGACAACCAGUGAGCGCCUCGCGGGCCGCCCCGCCCCGCGCGCCCCGCCUUCCCGCCCUGGUGGACGCCCCCCCCUUAAUAAAAUUCACCACCUCCACAGCA